AUGUCGUGUUCAAGUAGGCUGUCAUACGCUCUCCGUCGUGCUGGGACGACUGGAGCUCGAACCACUUUCGCCAAUUACCCUGCCCUUCGCCCUGCCAUCGCCCAUUUCUCUUCAUCCGCAAGCCGGCGUCUUCCCGAAACUGCCAGUGCGCCGACCGCGAAGUCAACAAAAUAUACUACCGAUGCAUACCCAAAGUUGAGCCGAAACCCGAACUUUGCGCAAUUGACCGGAGAACAUGUUCAGUAUUUCAAGGGGCUGUUGGGAGAAGGCUCGGCUGUGAUAGAUGGAGUAACGACCGACGCAACAGACGAUAUAGAACCCUUCAACCGUGACUGGAUGAAAAAGUACAGAGGACACACAAAACUAGUGCUGAAACCGAAGACGACGGAGGAAGUGAGCAAGAUACUUCAAUACUGCAAUUCUCAGAAGCUCGCUAUUGUGCCUCAGGGCGGAAAUACAGGCUUAGUGGGAGGGUCGGUCCCUGUGUUUGACGAGAUUGUUGUGAACCUUUCUCGCAUGAACAACAUUCGAUCUUUUGACGAGAACUCUGGCGUUUUGGCUGUGGAUGCUGGAGUAAUACUGGAAGUUGCUGAUAACUACCUGGCGGAGAGAAAGCACAUAUUCCCUCUUGAUCUAGGUGCGAAGGGUUCAUGUCAAAUUGGCGGCAACGUUGCUACGAAUGCUGGAGGUCUACGUUUACUCCGGUAUGGAAGCUUACAUGGGAAUGUCCUUGGAAUUGAGGCGGUUUUACCAGACGGAACUAUCAUGGAAGACAUGUCCUUGCUGAGGAAGAACAACACCGGAUAUGAUUUAAAACACUUGUUUAUCGGAGGCGAGGGGACGAUAGGAAUUAUAACAGGCGUUUCCAUAAUAUGUCCUCAACGGCCAAAAGCAACAAACGUCGCUUUCUUUGGAUUAGAAAGCUUUGAACACGUUCGCAAGGCCUUCCUGGAAGCCAAGGGCCAGCUGUCAGAGAUCCUAUCUGCGUUCGAGCUGAUGGAUGGACAAAGUCAAAGUAUUGUCCGUCAGGUUACGGGUCUAAAACACCCCCUCGAAGGGUCAUAUCCGUUUUACUGCUUGGUUGAGACAAGCGGUUCAAAUGGCGAACAUGACAAUGCAAAGCUCGAGGCUUUCCUAGAACACGUCAUGGGAGAGUCUAUUGUUGCAGAUGGUGUUUUGGCCCAGGAUGAGUCACAGGCACAAGCUCUAUGGCGCUGGAGAGAAGGUGUCACAGAGUCGCUCAGUCACCUUGGUGGCACGUACAAGUACGACGUGUCGAUACCACUAACAGAAUUGUACCAGCUUGUCGAAGACACGCGAGACCGUCUCUCCAAAGCCCGUCUCAUUGGAAAUGAUGACAGUUUCCCGGUUCAUGAGGUUGUUGGUUAUGGACACAUGGGCGAUUCCAACCUUCACCUGAAUGUUGCUGUGCGCCAGUAUAGCAAGGAAGUCGAGAAGGCGAUCGAACCCUGGGUAUAUGAAUGGAUCGCGAAGCGUAAUGGCAGCAUUAGCGCAGAACACGGCCUAGGGAUCGCAAAGAAGGAAUAUAUUGGGUAUAGCAAGAAUGAGGCGAUGAUAAAGCUAAUGCAGCAGCUCAAGAAGCUAUACGAUCCAACACCAUCAUCUCCCCGCGAAAACAUCUCGUAUAUCUAA